AUGUCCAAGGCGGGAGAGAGGACGCCCUCUACAACUUCAGUCAACUCAGCCACAUCAGACGGCAAAGAUAGCGCCCCCACGGACACACCACCAGGUUCAGUCUCCGAAACGCCCAAGAAAUCAUCAAAGAAGGUCAAGAAAAACACAGAGAGUAUGAACAAAGUAUACAACUCUGUGCUCAACAGUGUAUUUGGGGCGGACAGAGAAUUAGCUCAGGCUGAGUUGGAUGAGCUGCAAGAGGCCUUCAAAGAGUUUGAUUACGAUCAAGAUGGAUACCUGAAUUACAAGGAUGUGGCUGAAUGCAUGAGGACCAUGGGAUACAUGCCCACAGAAAUGGAGCUGCUGGAGAUAGUCCAACAAAUCAAGAUGAGAAUGGGCGGGUUAAUGGAUUUUGAAGACUUUACUGAACUGAUGGGACCCAGGAUGAUGGGAGAGACUGCUGACAUGCUGGGACUCAAGGAGCUCCAAUCGGCCUUCGUACAGUUUGACCUCGACGGAGAUGGAAAGAUCAACCAGGAUGAGAUGAAGGAGGCGGUCAAGACGAUGCUGGGAGAGAAGCUGAAGAAAGGAGAACUGGAGGAGAUCUUAAAGGAGCUGGACAUUAACGCAGAUGGAAACAUUGACUUUGAAGAGUUUGUGAUGAUGCUCUCCAUCCGUUAGUGGCUGAAGAGCCUGACGAGGACAGGAGGCACUAAUGCUUCAGAAUCAGUCCACAAAGUUAAUCCUACGAACAAAUAGUAAUUUGGUAAUGUUUGUAAUGUAGGUAUAGACUUGUAUGUCAUGUGUGCCUGACUCUAAUUGUAUGAACAGUCUAUGACUCCUUAUUGUAUUUUGUUGUCUUGUUAGACAGAUGAAU